AUGAUAAAUGGCACUUCUCAACAAGUUGGCCUUGACCCCGUCAACUCGGACGACGCCACCUGGAUCUUAACCGCCUCAUUUGUAAUUUUCACAAUGCAAACAGGGUUUGGCCUUCUGGAGUCCGGAGCAGUGACCAAGAAAAAUGAAGUCAAUAUCAUGAUGAAGAAUGCAGCAGAUAUAAUACUUGGAGGGUUAACGUACUGGAUGUACGGCUAUGGCUUGCAGUACGGUACCGGUCCUGGAACUAAUCCUUUCUGUGGAGUUGGUUCCUUCUUUUUAGAUGCAGAUACGGAAAAUAUGGGAAUCGUUUUCGCUACUUUUAUAUUUCAAUUAUCCUUUGCCACGACAGCAACCACUAUUGUUUCUGGAGCUAUGGCCGAAAGAACCGACUUUAAUGCCUAUUGUGUAUUUUCCUUUCUGAACACUAUUGUUUAUUGUAUUCCGGCAGGCUGGUUAUGGGGCAACCACGGAUUUUUGAAAAAAAUGGGGGCGAUCGACUUCGCAGGGUCAGCUGCAGUUCACCUUCUAGGAGGAAUUUCGGCCUUGGUCGCCGCCAGCAUGUUAAAGCCAAGACUUCGUCGCUAUGACAACGGAAUAGAUCCGCUUCCGAUGGGAAACCCGAUCAACGCCAUUGUUGGGGCUUUCACUCUGUGGUGGGGCUGGUUGGUGUUCAACUGUGGAAGCACUUUUGGAAUUUCCAAUCACAAGUGGCAUUACGCUGCAAGAGCAGCUGUAACUACUAUCAACGCUUCAGUUGCCGGCGGGUUUGUUGGUUUGGUAAACUCGUAUCGAAGAAAUCGCAUGUUUCUUGUUGGUGACAUCAUCAAUUCAAUCCUCGGUGCACUCGUGGGUGUGACAGCUGGAUCAGCUUUCUACCAUCCUUGGGAGGCCAUUCUUGUUGGAGCCUUGGGAGCGUUUUUGGUGAUUGAGUUCCAGCCUUUACUGGACAAAGUCAAGGUGGACGACCCAGUUGGAGCAGUGGCCGUCCAUGGAAUUGGAGGUCUCUGGGGGAUGCUCGCUGUAGGACUCCUUGUGGAUGACGACCCCUUGUUAAACUUGACAAAGGGUUAUAAGGGGGUUUUUAAAGGAGGAGGGUUUUAUAUCUUUGGUGUGCAAACUUUAACAUGCGUUGUGAUUGGAUUAUGGAGUGCUCUCACCACUUACACUAUACUUAAGGUUAUAAAUAUUUUCCUCCCAAUCCGGAUGCCACUGUCAGAAGAAACUCUUGGCGCGGACUUCACCGAGCACGACAUACGUCACGACGGUUACAAUUACGAGAGAAUCAUCGAAGAAUUGCUAGGACAAGGAUUGAAAACUCACACCGAUCGCUCUCAUGCACCGCCUCGCACAGAAUGGGACACUUACUUGAUCGAGAAAUAC